AUGGCAACGCCAAACAAACACUCCCGGGAUCACCGGGUGAAGACAACAGACGAGGGGGUGGAAAACGCUGCCAGCGAGGAGCAAACCUCACAUUCUGAUGGAAAAUGGGAGAAGCAGGUCUUCCCAGAAGGAUUUAUCAGCAUUUUCUCUAUUUUAGAAACCAAGAGUGUCACCAAAGAUAUUCAGUGGAUCACAGGUGAAGACUUCACAGUAGAGAGAGGAAAGGAGCAGAUUGAGGAACUGAUUUCUACAUGGGAGGUUCACGAGAGCUGGCUUUACUGGUCAGAAUUCCUUCGGGAAGAAGAACUGAAGGACAGCAAGAGGUAUCACUACAGAGUGUGCUGGAGCGUGCCAACACGCAGGAAACCCAUCCCACGAGCAACAGCAAGCAUCUACUUUGUUAUAGAGAUCUCCAAAAUUAAACCUGCUACCUCGCCUGUGGAGGUGUUCUUCACUCUGGAGUCCAGCAGGCUGAUUCACAGGUAA